GCUGUUGCUCAUAUUUGUCCAGUGUUUGUCAUCGCUUGGAGCAAUCGCAAUUGGAAUCGCAGUUCCAGUUCCAGUUCAGCUGUCAGCCAGUGCAAAGCGACGGACGCACAGUUGCACAGUGUAUGUUGCGACACUGAAAAAAGCGAUAAAAACGAUUUGUUUAUAAACGAAACAACGAACAGCAAGAAUUGCCAGAUAGACAACAAAACGAUGGACAUGCAUUUAAAUGAAUUAUAAGAAAAAUUAAAGCUACACAUAUAUUUAUCUAUGUGUGUGUGUGUGUGUGUGUGUCUAAGCAGCGCGACAACGAAACAAAUUGACGAAAAUGUUUAAUUUGCUGCGACGCACGCGUCAGAGGAAAGCGCCCAAAAACAAAAACUACGAUGUAAGCGACGAAGAGGAGGCAACGGCAGCGGCAACGGCAACGAAAAUAACAACAACAGCAACAACAACCGCGAGUGCUGCUGACAGGAGCCCUCAGCUAGAGAGCAAAAAUGGCGCUGAGAUCCGUUGCUUAUUCAGCGCUGCGGAGAGAGACACUGAGCGCCAAAGAGAAAGCGCACAAUUGAGCACAAUGUGUCUGCGGCCGCCAGCACGACGCGCCGUGAUCGAAGAGUUGGAGGACUUUGGCAGCGACGUCGAGGAGCCCGACGAAGAGCGGCCAAGUGUAAAUAUAGCCAAAACAGCUGCGCCGACAGCAGCUAAGGCAGCUACAGCAGCUACAUCAUCUAAUGGCCAUUCAGCGAUCUCUUGGCGCUCCGACAAUUUGAAUAUAAAUAACACGGGCGCAGGCGAUGGGGCGACAACGGCGAGGACAACGACAGUUGUUGUUGAUCGAAAUGUUGCUGCUGGGCAUGCCACGGCGGCCAGUCCAAACGAGUCAGCCAGCGUGAGCGCAAAGGCAGACAACGUCGACGGUCAGCCAAUUGGCAGUAGCAUUAGCCAAACGAAUCGCGACAAUAACGGGCCAAUUAUCGAUGGCACACCAAAUGCUGCUGGCACGGUAAUUAAUGCUGCGGAUACGGUUAAAUAUCGUAGCCAAUCGAAGCAAUCGAAGAACGAACAGAAACGACAAUCGCGCCUAUCGCUAGGCAGCCUGGCAACGUUGCAUUUAAGUGGCAACAGGGACUGUGCAGUUGACAGUGCCACAGCAGAGUCUGUGCCCAAGAAGCGCAAACCGUUGCAAAAGAGUCGCGAGUUUCUCACUGAUAUUUUCAUGGCGCGUGGACGUAAUCAUCAGCGCCAGCAGCGACAGCAACAGCAGCAGCAGCAGCAGCAGCAGCAACAACAACAGUUUAAAUCCAAAACAGCUAACGACAUCGACGUAAUCGCCAUUGGGCAGGCGCUGGCAGCGGCAGCGGCAGACGCACACCUUGAAACGAACUCCGACCCCGCGACCGCGUCCACAAAUAGUUAUCAAAUGACUGUGUCUAAUAAUAGCACGCAGAAGCGGCAGAGCGCGGGCAAAGAGCGUGAGCGCGAACACGAACGAGAGCGGAGCAACAGCGGCAGCAACAGCAGUAAUUCAGCUGGACAGGAGCAGCAGCAGCAGCAGCAGCAGAAGCCAAAAGAGAGUUGCCAGCUGGCGAGAGACGAGCGACAAGAUGCGCAUAGAGCAGCGAGUGCCGAUUUUAUUCAAGCGGCAAACGUCGAGCUGUGCACUGUCGCGGAAGAUCAGCAAGGCGCUGCAACACUGCAACGCGGCAGCAGCAGCAAUAACAACAGCAACAACAACAGCAGCAGCAGCAACAACAACAACAACAACAACAACACAAGUGACAUAAUGGGCCAAACAAGCGCCAAGCCCAACGAAUGCACGCAAUCGGCGCAUAGCUCACGCGCCAGCACGCCGCGUGAGUUUCGUGAGUCGUUCGUGAGCGAGACACAAGGCGUACCGGUGGCGCCACCGCGUCAGCAUCAACAACAUAAGCAGCAGCCGCAGCAGGAGCUGCCCACAAUAACAGUCGAGGACUGCAGCUUUGAGCAGAGUCCCAGCCAAAGUCCACAGACGGCGGAAGUGUUCUACGAUUUUGAGAGCCCGUCAGGCCACGGCCUCAACAUUGAGGAGCUGAACGAGGCACAUGAGGAGACGUUAGAGGAUGAGGUCUUCGACAUACCCACUACCAUUUAUCAGCAGGCGAAUGGCGUGCCCCGGCCCUGGACACGCUUGACCAAUGUCAAGCUGGAGAAUGUGCAGGAGGAGGCCGAAGAGGAGGAGGAUGAUCCGCAAGCAGAGCCCGAGCCCGAGGAUGAUGAGCUCGACGAGGCGCUUGACUUGGAUGGCAUCGAUGAGCAUGGGCGUGCCACGCCCAACGGCUCACGUCAAUCGGCCAGCAGCGAACGCAGCGCGCUAAAAAGCGAUUCCAAUUUAAGCAGCAGCUAUGCAGACUCGGGCAUAGGCAUGGGCAUGGGCUUGCCACAGCAGCAGGGUGAGCGACAGCAGCCGGCACAGCAGCCGCCGCUGCCGUCGCGCAGCGCAUCAACGUUGCCGCUGCGCACGCCCUUCGUGCGAGACGGCAACUCAACGUCAACCGACUGCGACUGCGAGGAGCUGCUGCUGCAGUGCGACGAACUCGAUGAUGAGCAGCAUUUCGAUGAGCGUUUGGUGUGCAUCGAGAGCAUUAGCCUGCCCGAUGUGGUUGUCGAGUCAACGACCGCCACAACGUCCACAAAUGGCAGCAGUGGCAACAGCGGCGGCAACGGCAGCUGCAGCAGCAGCAGCAGCAGCAGCGGCGCUGGUGCUGGCAGCCAUGAUGGCCAUCUGAAUAUCAAUAUUGCCAAUGGCGCCGGUGGCAAUAGCCUCGGCAAUGUGCAUUUCAUACCCAUACAUAUCGAGGGCUGCGGCUCUGGUGCGGCUGCUGCACGCAGUCGCAGCAACAGUCCCAAGCAGCGCAGUCUGGACGAUAGCUGCAUAGGACGCAAUAUGCCGCCCAGCGUUGAGAUCGUCGAGGAUGGCAGCGUGCUCAAUAAUCAGGAGGCGCUGCAGAGCGGACGCGAAACACUCGAGCUCAAAAAAGAACUCAAGCUACAAAAGGCGCGCUUCAGCAGUCAGCUGGAUGAUGCACACAAAAAUGUUCAAAAUCUGGAGGCCAAGGUGAGUGCUAUGCAGUUGAAGAUACAAAAUCUGGAGCAGGAGCUAUCGCUAAAGCAAUGGAAUGUGGACAGACUACAAGGCGAACUAACGGCGGCGCAAAAGGAUGAUGAAUAUGUGCGCAAAAAGCUGAAACUGCUCGAGGAUGAAAAGAUACAUCUGCGGCACAAAUACAGCGACGAUGAGGACGAAUUUCGACGCAAAUAUAACGGUCUGGAGGCCCAGUACAACGAACUAACCGAAAAGUACAAACAGACACAGACUCUGGCGAGCAGCCUUCAAACGCAAGUGGCGGACGCUCAGGUUGAGGUGGAGCAGUGGCGCAAUGAGGCGGAUAAAAUACGUCAAGAGCUGGAGGAACAAAUACGCAUACUGAGAAAUGCACUCGAGAAUUCCGAGGCGGAGCGCAAAAUCUGCGAGGAUAAGUGGCAAAAGGAGUUCGAGAUGCUCCGAACACACAACAGAGAACGCGAGGAGACCUUGAUGUCGGACUGCGAAUGGCAGAUGCGGCAAAUGCAGCGUCAGUGCAAGGAUAAACUGGACAAAUCCAAUUACGAACGCAAACAGGCAACGGCCAAGGCCGAGGAACUGGAACUGGAGCUGCAAUCACGUCGCAAAGAGGCGGAAAGUUUGCGCAUUUGCCAGGCACAGGUGAAGUCGCUGAGCGGCGUAGUAAGCGAACAGGAGCGCUCCAUACAAACACUCAUGGAGCGCAUCGAGAAUCUGAAAGGUGAACUGGAGACGGCCAAUGACAAUCUGGAGACACAGAUCGAAGCUGUGCGCAAAAUAAAGUAUCAGUGUGAUAACGCCAUUUAUGAUAAGGAGCGUCAAAUGAUCUAUCGCAUCGAUGAGGUGCGCAACGAAGCUGCCGCCUUUUGGGAGAAUAAACUUUACACAGAGAUGACAAGACUGACAAAUGAACUGGAAUCUGUUUAUGUGGAUGAGCGACGCGAUGCCUUGGACAAGCUGCAGGCGGAGCACAUUGAGGAGCUGCGUGCGCUAACCAAUCGCUACACAGCCAAUGAGGAUGAGCUGCGUGCAGAGAUCGAUGAGCUGACCGAGAAUCUGGAGCUGAAAAAACAAGACUUUCUGGCGCUGCGCGAACGCUCCGACAAUGCGCUGCUGCAGACGCGUAUGCAUCUGGAUCGUGCGGAUCGCGAGUAUCAGAAUGCCAUGUGCCGGGAGGAGGAUCGACGCGUCGAGCUCGAGGAGAAGCUGCGCAAGGAGUUCGAAAUCGAAAAGCAGGAAAUGGAAGAGAAAUUCCGUGAACGUUUGGGUCAAGUCAAGGAGGAGUUCGCCAAGGAGCUGCAGCUGUCCACACAGGAUCUGCACGAAACGCACCGCAAGGAGUUAGAAACCCAGAAGGCCAAGCUUCAAAGCGAAAAGGAUGAAGCACUGCAGCAGCUGGUCGAGCGACAUCGCGCCAAAAUGGCCGCUGCCGAGGAACGAAUGAACGAUGUAGAGCUUCGGCAUCAGCGCAAUCUCAAGGACUUGAAGGCGGCCUACGAUGCCGAGAAGGCGGCGCUGGACAAACGCGACAUUAGCAAUGCCAACGAGAUCGAGCAACUGCAUCGCAAAUGUCGCUGCCUGACAAAUCUUUUCGAGGAGAUGCGCAUGCGCUAUGAAAGACGUGAUCCACGCGCUGAGGACCUGCGCGAGAUCUCGGAGCUGCGUACGCGCUGUGAUAGUCAGGAGCGGGAUCUGUUUGUGCUCACCGACAGGCUGCGCGAAAUGCAAAACCAAAUGUCCGAGCUGCAGCAGAAUGGCGAGGCGGCGUCGCGUGGCAAGGCAUUGAAGAAGCCGCCGCCCAAAACGCUACCCACCAGCUGUGAUGUCAUCUACGAGGAGAACGAGGAGCGUGAAUCGCCCGAGCAUGAGACGGGCAGCUCCUCCAGCCAGGACGAUGCCGAACAGGAUGAACAGCAACUGGAGGAGGAGGAGGGCGAACAGGAGCCCAGCGACACCGAAUCGAAUCACACGAUUGAAAUCAAUGCCAAAUGCAACGAUCGCAUUAACGAGGACGAUGCCCACAUGAUCUCAGCCGUCUGAUCCGCUCAACUACGAUCUUCCGCUUCGACUUAAAGCCAAGCAAAAGUCCCAGCAACUGAGGCGCCGUCGAGCUGAGCCGAAUUGCUGCCAGCGACGAGUGUCCUUCACUCACUAACCACACGCUGCACAGCCGAUCCUUGGGCUAGAGAUGCCCUUUUAUAUGCACUACUGACAGUUUUCAGAAAACAUGCACAUGCACCCACAAUUAAGCACAUAAAAAUUGUAAAAUAAAUUAAAUCUAAUUGGUUUAUGAAACCGCUGUUAAAAAAAAAAAAAAAAAA